CAGAAGAAAAAGCUGUGUUCCAGGAAUUUUUCGGUCAUGCAUUUGGGAACUCAUUAUCACAUGAGAGGCACCUUCAUGGGCAUCAGCAAUUGGAAAUUCCAGAAUGUAACAUGCAAAAUUCAAGAAUGGACAGAGAAAAUAACCUGAAAGUCUCUUCUCCAUCUGCUUAUCCCAUCAAUUCUGAGAUUCUCCAUAUGCAAGAAUCUAUUGUUCCUUCCACUAAUUUUUGGUUGAGCAUGAUGCUAGAAUCAGGAGGACAGGAAGUAGAGCGCUUUGAAGAGUCAGAAGAAGACAGUAUAUUUUCUUUGCUUUCAGCUAAUUCUGGAAAUACAAUGCCAAAAAGUGAAUACCACAUGGGAAACAGGAUGGGACACAUGGAAGAAAGUACAAGUAGACAAAGCGCUCAACAGAAUAAAAUGCCAACGGUUCAAGCAUCAGCAGUGGUUUCAAGUGCAUCUCUGAACAUGCACCCCAUACACCAAGGUGAUUUACAAUCACGGCCUCAUACCAGAAAUAAUGAACAUUCCAUUAACAAUCAUCAAGAAGAGCGGUUCAAGAAUUUUUAUGUGGAAAGCACAUCCAUCACAGAACCCACAAGGCCUACUGAAGAACUGGCUAAAAGGAAAACCAGUUCUGAGCAGCAACUUUCUGUCAAGCAGAGGAUUUCAGCAGAGUAUAAGCAAAAAUUCUGGGAGAAUAAAGCAGUUGCAACAAAUGCAAAAGGGAAAAAAUAUUCUCCAGGUGAUCCAAUCAACGGGGAAGGCACCAAUAUCGCAAAUGCAAGAAAGAGAAACACUGAGGGCGAACAGAGAAAAGCAUUUGACUGGGAUACCUUAAGAAAGCAGGUGCAGUCCAGCAGUAGAAGAAGAGAAAGAAGUAAGGACGCAAUGGACUCGCUGGACUAUGAGGCAAUAAGACGUGCUGAUGUUAAUGAAAUCUCUGAUGCUAUUAAGGAACGUGGAAUGAACAACAUGCUAGCAGACCGCAUUAAGGAUUUUCUUGAUCGAUUGGUCAAAGACCAUGGAAGCAUUGACCUAGAAUGGCUGAGAGAUGUUCCCCCAGAUAAAGCAAAGGAUUAUCUGUUAAGCAUACGGGGAUUAGGGCUGAAAAGUGUGGAAUGUGUGCGGCUCUUAACACUUCAUAAUCUCGCUUUCCCGGUUGAUACAAAUGUUGGGCGGAUAGCUGUGAGACUAGGAUGGGUCCCUCUCCGACCCCUCCCUGAAUCACUCCAAUUGCAUCUCCUGGAGCUGUAA